AUGAGCCGCUUUGGCAGAGGGAGUGUGAGCAGGGAGGAAGCGGAGAGGCUGGAGCGCGUGUGGUCAUUCAUCCGCCACCAUCCUCCCUCUCUCCCCCUCAUGCCUCGCCUCCUCUCCUGGCGCCUUACACCGCACCACCGCCCUCCCACAUUUCGCGCGCAUCUCACUGCUCCCACCAUGACUGUCCAAGCAAGCCACGGGAGAGAUUGCAGCAGCAGCAGCAGCAGCAGCAGCAGCAGUAGCAUCAACGGCACUGGUGGUGCAGUGUUGGACCGGCGUCUAGUGAUGCUGCUGGUGCGGCGAUUGAAGGAGAGGCACCGACAUCAGCAUGCUCUCGAGGCGUACAGUGGAGUGUUGUACCAGCUGGCGCGCACGGGGCAGCACAGCCUUCUGGCUUCUCAUCUCCCUUUUUUAUUCACCUUUCCUCUCCCUGCUGUUGAUCCUCAUCAGGCAUACAGCGGAGUGUUGUACCAGCUGGCACGCACGGGGCAGCACAGCAGGUUGCAGGAGGAGCUGCAGUGGCUGCACGGCACAGCAGGGGCGGCGGUGGGUGUGAGCGCCUUCAACGCGCGCCUGCUCGCCCUCUCCUCCCUGCCGUCGCGGCUAGCUUCGGCUGAUUCGGUGACACAGAGGAUGGAUGAGGUGACUCGACCCAUGCAUGUGGCACGGAUAGCAGCGCAUGUGGCGGCUGGUGACAUAGCCAUGGCAGAAGAGGCGUUUGCUUCCCUGCAUGCCUGCAUCCGUCGCCUUGACCGGGAUGUCUGUAACGCGCUUCUCAAGGGGUACACGCGAGCUAACAUGCCAGAUGCUGCGCUGCGAUUGGUCGAUGACAUGCGUAGGGCGAGCAUUCCGUGCGGCACAGCCACUCUCUCCCUCCUCCUCUCCUGCCUCUCUCGCUCCCACCGCCUCUCCCACGCCACCGCCCUCCUCUCUCAACUCGUCACCACUCCUGAGACCCCUGUAACCGUUGAUCCUCCUCCUCCUGCCACUACCAACCCACCAAGCACACCUCUUCAUCCCAAACCCCUGCCUGAGUCUGUGCUUCGGUGCAUGUCUCCUCCCGCUUCUCCUCGUGACGCCCUUCCCUCCCACCGCCCCCCUCGCCACCACGGCUCACAGCCCCCCACACCCCCGCCAACCAUCAAGCGGCGCACGCUGCGGGGGUUGAUGGAGGCACUCAAAGCAGAGGGGCACGUGGAGGGCGUGAGGCAGGCGAUGCGGGCAGGCGAGGCCAUGUGGGGCUGCUGUGAGGUGGCCUGGUACAAGUUGCUCUUAGGGGCCAUGCUGCGACGCACUGGGGUGCACGCAGGGAAGGGAGAGGGAGGAGAUGGAGAGGGUAGCAGUAAGGCGAGGUGGGAGGAGGCGGCGAGGGAGGUAGAGGAGGAGAUGAGGGUGAAAGGGGUGAGGGCGGACCAUGAGGUGAGAGGACUGCUCAGGAAGCUGAGAGGCCUCGCAGAUGUGCAGCAAGGGAGAGCAGCAUGUGGGGAUGAUGUGCGGGUGGAGUAG